AUGGAGAUGGAUAUUCUAAGUCACUCCUUAGGUGAUGUUCAAGUCGGCCUCUCAAGUGGCCCAAAGCAGUUCACGAUGCUGCGCAUUUACUCCCCCAAGCUCAAGAGUAUUGAAAGGUUCCGGGAGGCUCGGGAAGAUUUUGUGCUCCCCAGACGGGCUUUUGAUAAAGCGAGAAAUACCCUUCGGAAAUCCCCAGAAUGGGGAGAUCUUCUUGAAGUCGUCGAAACAGACAUGCCGUUUAACAGUAUCAGGGAGAAGGACGACCAAAUCUGGCCUGGUUUCUUCGUCGCAGCCAGGCGGCUACAGGAAUAG